CGUGUAUACUAGGAAAGAUGCGAGACACGUGCAUGCGAGACGUACAGACAAGAGACAGAGAGUCCAUAGCUUCAAACAAACGAAGGGUUGGCGGGAGAGAAACCCAAGAAAGACAGAGACAGAUAGAAAUAGAGGAGAAUAUGCAAUCUCCUACCCUUUCAAUCUUCUCAUACUCUUCCAAAUCCAAUGGCCACGAUCUCCCAUAUGUCCAUUUCCACUCCUUCUCUGCAACUUCCAAGGUCGUGCAUAAACUCUUGUGGCAUACAAUGCAGAAUGGUCUUUGCGUUAGGGCCUCGACCAUGGGAUUUCAAUUGGAGAGGGGAAGGAAAUUUUGGUGUAUUGACAAAUAAAAUUCUGUUCAGAUUUGUGUUUGCUUAUUUUGCAUCACCACCUUCAAUGCAUUAUUGGAGGCGACCGUCUUUUGUUAAGAUUUCAGCUGCUUCUGCUAAAGCUUUGGAUUACACCGAUGGUGACAGUGAGCUUCCGGUGGUUACAAGUGAUAAUCAUGAAAUGGGUGUUAGUCGGACAGAUUAUCUUCUUCAGGUUUUGCAUCAAUCUGCAAGGAGAUUUUGUGAUGCAAUAAAAUGCCAUGAAUUGGCUAGAAAUGGUCCACAGCUUGCAAAGGCAUGGAUUGGUGUGGAUGUGCAUGCAUGGCACAAGCAUAUCGCGUAUCAGGUAGCAGUGUAUGCAUUGUUACAAACAGCAAAAGAAAUGGAAAUUAUGCUCUGCGGUAGACAUGGAAAUGACACUGCUCCAGUUUGCAAAAUCCUUUCACCGAAAGUAAGCAUCCUUCACAAUGACAUUGUAACUCAGCUGAAAAUGAAGGACACAAAAUUGGUGGAAUGGUUCAAAAUGGAGCUGCUUCCAGUUUUUGCAGGAGAUUUUAGUACCUUACUGGAAAGAUGGGCUGUGGAAUACACAGAAAGUGGUGUUGCAGCGAAUAUUCUUGCUACCAGCUGCUGUAUUGCAGCCAAGAAGUUGGGUGUCGGGCGCAUUUCUUCUCCUUCGUUCACAUCAUCCCUUCCAGAUGCAAUAGGGGAGCUCAUGGAUGCAUUAUAUGGUCUUGUUUCAAUGGAUAAAUUGCAUAGCUUAGCAUCUGUGGCGGGAUUUGAACAAGAGUUUCUAGCUCACUUCGGUUCAAAGAUACUACUUAAUAAUACAAAUCCAGAGGUAGUAUUUUGGCUGGGUUUGGUUCAGAGAAAGCUUGUUGCUGCAUUCCAGAGAGAGGGUGUUGUUGCAAGCCUGCAAAACAAGAUUCUUCAGAGCGACCUAGCCACUCUUGGUAUUUUUGCAUUCUUAGGGAAAAGGACAAGGCUAUUCUUAUCACGCAUGGGCAUAAAGGAUGUUGAUGAACCCGUGAAGGAUUUUCUCAGCUAUUUGGAGUGUGGUAGCCUUUUCAUCUAUCCCGAGCUGUCUUCCAUAUCACUGUAUCAGCUCUUCAUGGAGGUAGUAACUGAAGAGAUUGGAUGGCUUGACUUUUACAAUGCAGUUCCUGGUAUCAGUCACCAAGAAAGAAAGAGGUCAAAACAGCAUGCCAUCCAAGCAGAGAAAGAGAUCAUUCUCCCUGCCGUCUUCAACGUUUGCUCCAAUGUCUUCUCAAGCUUUGGUUACUUCAGCAAGUCAACUCAACAAUCUCUAGAUGCAAAUUUGGUGGCAUUUUUGCUCCGAAGCCAGAAUCUGCUCAAUAUUUGUCUGGAAGAUUACUGGGCUGCUUAUGAUCAAUCAUGUAAACUGCCGAAGGUCACAGAACUUAGCCUCCCUGAACUAUCUUCAGGGAAUCAAGACACUGUGAAUGUAACUAUAUUAUUUGAAGAAGUACACGAGAAAGUUGAUGAGUUAACAACGAGAUGGGUCACAGAAUACAUGCCUGAAUGCAUGUCUCGAAUGAGGAAGAAUACUAGUUCAGAUAGGAUGGAUGCAUUCAUCAUAGAGAAGAUUCCCCCUGCUGCAGAAACAAUUCCAGUGCACCAGAGCUUGUUAAGAAAGUCUGGCAACAAGUUGAUGUCUACAACCUCUGAUUUAUGGAUGGGAACUCGGUUGCUCUUCAUAGACAUGUCGACUGCUCUCGGUCUAAUCCAGAAGAAAAUUCAUCGGUGUGCACUUACAAUGAGGGAGAGGAAGAAAUUGAGGAGAACAUUGGCUGAUAUUGCGUCUGUUAUUCCAGUUGCGAUCCUUAUGCUACUACCCUUAUCAGCUGUGGGCCACGCCGCAAUCUUGGCUGCAAUUAAGAAGUACAUUCCUUUCUUGAUCCCUUCUCCGUAUUCAACAGAACGGCUGAACAUAGUAAAGCAGCUAAAGCGAACCAAGAAGAUGGAAGUUCAGUCAUGGUGCACCCUCGACGUCUCCUCUUCGAUCUUAUAUGAGUAGAAACAUCAUCUAUCAGCUUUCUUUUGAUUUUCAAACUGACGAAAGAAGAGAUUAUGCAACUGCUUAUGGUUUCCAAGGGAAGCUUCAUUAAUUUUUGUUUAAUAAUGUUUAUUAACUUCCAAUCAGUCUCAAUCUUAUACAUCA